AUGGCAAAAUCAUCACGGCGCUCAGGUCGUGGCAAGACGCCAACGUCUUCCGGAGCCUCAACACCAAGCUCCGCAUCCUCAGGUCCGAUCCCACCAUUCAACAAAGUCCCGGAAGCCUUGCAACCGUUUGUCGAACCACUCUCCCCCGACGAAGUAUACCUAGUCCACAUCGACAUCACAGCGGAGGAACUCAAGCGGCAAACCUUCACCGUACCCCUCAUCGUCAACCUGGUAGUAGCUGCUGUGAUUUGUCUACGGGUGUACAUGGGAAUCAGUACAUAUCCAGCGCUCGUGGGAACGCUGAUCGGGCUCCAAAGUUCCAUGACUGUGGACACAGCUACCCCGUGGACAGAAGCGGUACAAAUCAUCCUGCGCCGGACGGGAACUAUAUGCAUCGACUACUUCCUCGUGACCCUGUUGUGGUCAUGGCCUGUUAAUUUCAUCAGAGGGCCCGUGCGCUGGCGUCGCGCCAUCGGUUUCCGUGAGAGCGAGAUCAUAGUCCGCCGCAGUAACCGCAGUUGGAGCAAGGAGCUCGAGCGCAACAGGUGGAUCCGCGAAGACGAGGCGCGUCGCGAUAAGAUCGUCGCCGCUGUGACUCCCGAGCGAAUCGGAAAAACUGGUUACUUGCUCGUGGACGAGGAUUGGAACUUAGACUACGCGGCUAUGGUCCGCGCUCAUGCUCUUGUUGAUCGCACUCGCAGAGGCGAUGGUAUACAGAUGGAUGAAUUCCGCACUGCCGUGCUGGUUAACACUGAUGCUGACGGUUGGCUGAUCUGGCGUGUCGGGGAUGAGAAUACCCCCACUGGCCAAAAGCGAUCGGUUCAGCGCGACCAAAUCCUCGCCUUCAAGGAGAAGUUGACCGAGAUGGGCAAGGAGGAUCUUUUCCUCCGUUGGGUCGAGCUAAUUCAAUGGGAGAGCUCGCAGCCUGGUGGCUUCACUGCGGAACGGCAACGGUCUGCGAUGCUGCAAGCGAAGCAGAUGUUCGAAGAUGAGAACGUGGAUUUCAGUCAAUUCUGGGACGACAUGGGCGGAAUGGAAGGCGUGGAAGGAUUAGACUAG